AUCGCAUUUAACCUCUUUGGACAAAUUUGUUCAGGAACCUUUGUUGUGUGGUAUUUUACCUGUGUGUGCGUUUUGUAAUUGCUGCUGUGAGGCAGUGUGAUACCUUUAUAUCGGGUGAUGUGUUUCCUGUUUGGGGGUCUGUAUUGACUGCUGUGAGGCACUCUGUUUCCUGUGUCUGAAAAAAGUGUGGUAAAGUUAUUAUUAUUAUUUGAUUUGUGUGCCAAUAUGUUUCAUAUUUGGCAACACGGGGUACUUGGAGAAUAGUGAAUCAUAACACACAGGCCAAAACAAGAACCAGCAUUCCCUCCAGGAAUGGGACAUUUCAAAGGAGUGCAUCCUGGCUGCAGCAGUGUUGUCGGGAACGCCAGCGAUUAGACUUGGUGUGUUUCCUUCGUGUUAUAUAGCUCCUUUUAACAAAAGAACAUACAUAAGGCGUUUUGGGACAGGGAGAAAAAUAGCUUUUAAUGUGGACAUGAGAACCAGAGCAUCCACUGUGAUCAGAGGACGUAUCAGACGGUUUAAUGGUAAUGCAACCUUAAAGUCAAGAUGUUCACCUGUUCAAGGACAAGGCCGGUGUGAGGUAGUGUGCUUGUGGGCGUGCAUGCUGAUGCCCUGAUGCUCACAAACAAAGCUCACUGACACACUGCCUUGUGUUUGUGUGUGUGUGUGUGUGUGUGAGUGUAUAUGUAUAUGUUUGUGAUUGUGAGUGUGUGUGCCUGUGUCAUUGUUUAUUUUUGUGUUUGUGUUUGUGUGUAUAUGUGUCAUUGUGUGUGUGUGUGGGUGUGGGUGGGUGUGUGCGUGGUUCCCCAGGACGUGAAGGCCAUCGUGACCCACUCCAUCCACAGUGCCAUCCACUCCAUCGGGGGCAUCCAGGUCCUGUUUCCCCUGUUCUCCCAGCUGGACUACCGGCAGCUCAACGACAGCUCCGUGGACACCAGCGUCUGUGCUACAUUGCUAGCCUUCCUGGUGGAGCUUCUGAAGAGCUCGGUGGCCAUGCAGGAGCAGAUGCUGGGAGGGAAAGGCUUCCUCGUGAUUGGCUACCUCCUGGAGAAGUCGUCCCGGGUGCACAUCACCAGGGCGGUGCUGGAGCAGUUCCUGUCCUUCGCCAAGUACCUGGACGGCCUGCCCCACGGCGCGCCGCUGCUCAAGCAGCUGUGCGACCACGUCCUGUUCAACGCCGCCAUCUGGAUCCACACCCCCGCCAAGGUCCAGCUCUCCCUGUACACAUACCUGUCGUCAGAGUUCAUCGGCACGGCGACCAUCUACACGACCAUCCGGCGCGUGGGCACGGUGCUGCAGCUCAUGCACACGCUCAAGUACUACUACUGGGCCUGCAGCCCGCUGGAGUGUAGUGGCAUCACGCCCAAGGGCCUCGACGGGCCGCGGCCGACCCAGAAGGAGAUCAUCUCCCUGAGAGCGUUCAUGCUCCUGUUCCUCAAGCAGCUCAUCCUGAAGGAUCGAGGUGUGAAGGAGGAUGAGCUGCAGAGUAUUCUGAACUACCUGUUGACUAUGCAUGAGGAUGAGAACAUCCAUGACGUGCUCCAGUUGCUGGUGGCUCUGAUGUCGGAGCACCCGGCCUCCAUGAUCCCUGCCUUCGACCAGCGCAACGGCAUCAGGGUGAUCUGCAAGCUGCUGGCAUCCAAGAGCGAGAGCAUCAGAGUCCAAGCCCUCAAAGUCCUGGGCUACUUCCUCAAGCACCUCGGUCACAAGCGGAAGGUGGAGAUCAUGCACACGCACAGCCUGUUCACGCUGCUCGGUGAGAGACUGAUGAUGCACACCAACACCGUCUCCGUGACGACCUACAACACCCUGUACGAGAUUCUGACGGAGCAAGUGUGCACCCAGGUGGUUCACAAACCCCACCCGGAGCCAGACUCCACCGUCAAGAUUCAGAACCCCAUGAUCCUGAAGGUGGUGGCCACGCUGCUGAAGAGCUCCACCCCCAGUACUGAGCUGAUGGAGGUCCGGAGGCUGUUCCUCUCCGACAUGAUCAAGCUCUUCAGCAACAGCCGCGAGAACCGCCGCUGCCUGCUGCAGUGCUCUGUGUGGCAGGACUGGAUGUUCUCGCUGGGCUACAUCAACCCCAAGAGCCCCGAGGAGCAGAAGAUCACGGAGAUGGUGUACAACAUCUUCCGCAUCCUGCUCUACCACGCCAUCAAGUACGAGUGGGGCGGGUGGAGGGUGUGGGUGGACACCCUCUCCAUCGCCCACUCCAAGGUGACCUACGAGGCCCACAAGGAGUACCUGGCCAAGAUGUACGAGGAGUACCAGCGGCAGGAGGAGGAGAACAUGAAGAAGGGCAAGAAGGGCUCCGUCUCCACCAUCUCCGGCCUGUCCGCCGUGCCCGCUCCCGUCGUCAACGGCAACCUGGAGAUCGACGACAACUCCGCCACGCAGACGCCUGAGAGCGAGGCCGAGUACAGCGAGGGCGGCGUCGGCGGCGUUGUCGGCGGCGUCGGCGUCGGCGUCGUCGUCGGCGACUCCUCGCGCAACCUCCUGGCGGACGGCGCGGUGAAGCGGCCCGACGCCGAGGCCCUGACGCCCGGGGACCAGAUCCCCGUGCCGGGCGUCCGGGUGGAGGUGCACGACCUGCUGGUGGACAUCAAGGCGGAGAAGGUGGAGGCCACGGAGGUGAAGCUGGACGACCUGGACCUGUCCCCGGAGGGGCUAGGCGGGGGCCUGGUGGCGGGCGUGGUGGUGGGUGGCGGCGUGGGCGUGGCCGGGGUGGGGGGCAUGGAGAACGGACCCCUGGUGGAGGUGGGGUCCCUGCUGGACAGCGCCUACUGCGCGGCGGUGCAGAACCUCAACGGGGGCCUGGCGCUGAAGGAGGAGCGACCCGGGCCCAGGGGCGUCUGCCUGGGCUCCGGCCUGGGGCUGGCCGGGGUCGGCCUGGAGGACGACGGGAACAUGGGACCCCUCAUCACGCUGGCCGACGAGAAGGACAGCGUGCCCAGCAACAACGGCUUCCUCUUCAGCAAGGUGGACGAGAAGCUCCUCCCGGCUCUGGCAGCCCCAGACCCGCUGGUCCUCCCCAGGGCCGACCAGCCGCCCCCCCCCGGCCCGGGGCCCGGCUGCCCCAGUGACGACCUCAGCCUGCUGGCCCACAUGACCAGCUGCGGCUCGGACCUGGGCCCGCAGGCGCAGAGCUCGGGCCCCGGGGACAUGCCCGAGGACGACGCCUUCAAGAUCCAGAGCCCCCUGGCGGACAUCAGCUCCAUCGCGGCCGCCGAGAGCCUGCAGGCGAGGGCCCAGGCGCACGCCGCCGCCAGGGCCGAGUUCCCCGAGGGGGAGGGCCCGGCGGGGGCCGACGGAGAGGGGGCGGGGCUGAAGGCCGGCGGGGACACGGCCAGCACCGCCUCCGACACCGAGAGGUCUGACGACGGCAAGGACAAGGACGUCAAGAAGAUCCAGACCACCGCGACCACCCAGGCCCUGCACGGCCGGACGGCGGCCCAGCUGGAGAGGGACCUGCGGGUGGACCUGGGCUUCCGCGGCAUGCCCAUGACGGAGGAGCAGCGGCGGCAGUUCAGCCCCGGCCCGCGCACCACCAUGUUCCGCAUCCCCGAGUUCAAGUGGUCGCCCAUGCACCAGCGGCUGCUCACCGACCUGCUGUUCGCCCUGGAGACCGACGUCCACGUGUGGAGGAGUCACUCCACCAAGUCCGUAAUGGACUUUGUGAACAGCAACGAGAACAUCAUCUUCGUGCACAACACCAUCCAUCUCAUCUCUCAGAUGGUGGACAACAUCAUCAUCGCCUGCGGAGGCAUCCUUCCUCUGCUCUCUGCGGCCACCUCCCCCUCUAGUUCUAAGAGUAGUGCCAACGCUAAGGCAGGAGGAGCGGCGCCCCAGGGGGGGUCAAAGGGCAAGGAGGUGAACCCUUUGCCGGGGGCUGGAGCUGGAGGGGGUGAGACGGAGCUGGAGAACAUCGAGGCCACCCAGGGCAUGUCCUCAGAGACGGCGGUCACCUUCCUGUCCCGCCUCAUGGCCAUGGUGGACGUCCUGGUGUUCGCCAGCUCGCUCAACUUCAGCGAAAUCGAGGCGGAGAAGAACAUGUCCAGCGGGGGGCUGAUGAGGCAGUGCCUCCGACUUGGUAUGUUGUGCUGCGUUGCGGUGAGGAACUGCCUGGAGUGCAGACAGCGGCAGAGAGAGCGUGGCUGUAAAUCGUCUCUGAGCAGCAGCCGAUCCCAGGACAGUCUGCACAGUGCCCCCACUACCAACAAGCAGGACCCAGACCGCCUCUUACAGGACGUGGACAUCAACCGACUCAGGGCCGUGGUGUUUAGAGACGUGGACGACAGUAAGCAGGCUCAGUUCCUGGCAUUGGCUGUCGUCUACUUCAUCUCCGUGCUAAUGGUCUCCAAGUACCGGGACAUCCUGGAGCCCCAGCGGGAGAUUGGCAGGUCCACCAGCCUAUCAGGGAGGAGCAUCCGCCACGAGAUCAACUCUCCGACCAGCACAGAACACCCCUCGUCGGGCUUCUCCGACCGGGACAAGCAGAGCUCCACCCCCGGGGACAACUCCCCCUGCGGGGGCCUGCCCCACACCGACUCGGGCAUCGGGGAGGAGGGCCACGUGUCCGGGUCCCUGAACGGCUCGGAGAUGGGCCUGGGUCUGGGCCUGGGCAUGGUGGGCCGCGAGACGGACCGGGACCGGGAUGUGGUCGGCGGCGUGGGCGUGGUGGGCACGGCGGACCUACUGUGCGGCCUGUCGGACGUCAGGAGGUCCCAGGAGAGUCUGCUGGACUCGCCGCAUAACCCUGGCUCCGCCUCCAACCCGGGUCAGGCUCCGCCCUCCUCCAUCUCCAGCAUCAGCCAGACCAACAAGGGCAUCAACGUCAAGGAGAUCCUGAAGAGCUUGGUGGCCGCCCCUCUGGACGGCGGGGACACGGGGCAGGAGGUGGGACCCACCCCCUACCACCCGGACCCCGCCCUGAAGACACACCCCAUGCUGCCCAUGCAGUUCCACUCCUUCGACAGGAGCGUCGUGGUGCCAGUCAAGAAGGCCCCGCCCGGCAGCCUGUCCGUCAACACGGUGGGCACGCCCACCACAGGCGGGUCAGCCACUCCUGGCAGCACACCCAACAUCUUCGCCGCUGCCACGGCAACCCCAAAGAGCAUGAUCAACACUACAGGGGCCGCAGACUCCGCCUCCUCUUCCUCCUCCUCGUCCUCGUCCUUCGUCAACGGCGCCACCAGCAAGAGCCUUCCGGCGGUGCAGACGGUGGCGCCGAUGCCCGAGGACACCAUGGAGAACAUGAGUUCCUAUUGUGAGGUGGAGCAGUGCGGCCAGACGCUGCCCGAGCUCAAGUCUUUUAGCUCUCUCGCUGGCUUCCAGACCACCCCCAGGGACGCAGGGCAGUGUUUUAGUAUCACCACCAAGCUGGAGAGGGCGCUAGAGAAGGUGGCCCCCCUGCUGAGGGAGAUCUUUGUGGACUUUGCCCCCUUCCUGUCCAGGACUCUGCUGGGCAGCCAUGGGCAGGAGCUGCUCAUAGAAGGUCUGGUGUGCAUGAAGUCGAGCACGUCGGUGGUGGAGCUCGUCAUGCUGCUCUGUUCACAGGCUCCUGUGCCACGCCAUGAAGGACCACAUCGUGCGCGUGGCCAACGAGGCCGAGUUCAUCCUCAACCGGCAGCGGGCCGAGGACGUGCACAAGCAUGCCGAGUUCGAGUCAAACUGUGCCCAGUACGCCUCAGACCGGAGGGAGGAGGAGAAAAUGUGCGAUCACCUCAUCAGCGCUGCCAAGCACCGGGAUCACGUGACCGCCAACCAAUUGAAACAGAAGAUCCUCAACAUCCUGACCAAUAAGCACGGAGCAUGGGGCACGAUGUCACAGAGCCAAUUACACGACUUCUGGCGUUUGGACUACUGGGAGGACGACCUGCGGCGGAGGCGUCGCUUCGUACGCAACGCCUUCGGCUCCACCCACGCCGACGUGGCGCUCAAAGCGCUGGAGGAGUAUGGUACAGAAGAAGAGGAGGAGGAGGGACUUAAGUCCAAGAAGAGUUUCCGCAGCCAAUCGGUGGUCAGCCAGAACCCAGAGGCGGAGCUAAUGUUGGAAGGAGAUGAUGAUGCUGUGAGCCUGCUGCAAGAGAAAGAGAUUGAUAACCUUGCUGUGCGUUUCCGUCCACGGCUUGUUACGUCCAAAGGCCCAGUGGUGCUGAGCACCCCCGCCCAGCUGGUGGCGCCGGUGGUGGUGGCCAGAGGAACGCUGUCCAUCACCACCACCGAGAUCUACUUUGAGGUGGACGAGGACGACCCCGCCUUCAAGAAGAUCGACGCCAAAGUGCUGGCCUACUCGGAGGGUCUGCACGGGAAGUGGAUGUUCAGCGAGAUCCGGGCGGUGUUCUCCCGCCGCUACCUCCUGCAGAGCACCGGCCUGGAAGUCUUCAUGGCGAACCGGACCUCCGUCAUGUUUAACUUCCCCGACCAGGCCACGGUGAAGAGGGUGGUGUACAGCCUCCCCCGUGUGGGGGUGGGCACGAGCUACGGCCUGCCCCAGGCCAGGCGCAUCUCCAUGGCAACCCCUCGGCAGCUGUUCAAAUCUUCCAACAUGACCCAGCGCUGGCAACGGAGGGAGAUCUCCAACUUUGAGUACCUCAUGUUCCUCAACACCAUCGCAGGCCGGACCUACAACGACCUGAACCAGUACCCGGUCUUCCCCUGGGUGCUCACCAACUACGACUCGGAGGAGCUGGACCUCACUCUCCCCGGGAACUUCCGGGACCUUUCCAAGCCAAUCGGAGCGCUGAACCCCAAGCGGGCGGCGUUCUACGCUGAGCGCUACGAGACGUGGGAGGAGGAGGGCACGCCCCCCCACCACUACACCACCCUCUACUCCACCGCCGACACCACUCUGGGAUGGAUGCUCCGGAUAGAACCCUUCACCACGUUCUUCCUCAACGCCAACGAGAACAAGUUCGACCACCCGGAGAGGUCCUUCUCCGGCAUCGGCCGCUCGUGGAGGAACUGCCAAAGAGACACGGCCGACGUCAAGGAGCUGAUCCCAGAGUUCUACUACCUGCCCGAGAUGUUCGUCAACAGCAACGAGUACGAGCUGGGCGCCCGGGACGACGGCGUGCUGGUGUGCGACGUGGAGCUCCCCGUCUGGGCCAAGAAGCCCGAGGACUUUGUCCGCAUCAACCGCAUGGCGCUGGAGAGCGAGUUCGUGUCCUGCCAGCUGCACCAGUGGAUCGACCUGAUCUUCGGCUACAAGCAGCGCGGGCCGGAGGCGGUGCGCGGCCUCAACGUCUUCAACUUCCUGUCCUACGAGGGCGCCGUCACCCUGGACAACCUGGACAUGCCGCAGCGCGAGGUGAUGGAGGCCCAGAUCCAGGCGUGUGGACAGGUUCCCUCCCAGCUGCUGAUUGAGCCCCACCCCCCUCGCUCGUCCGCCAUGCACCUGAGCCCGCUGAUGUUUAAGGACCAGAUGCAGCAGGACGUGAUCAUGGUGCUCAAGUUCCCGUCCAACUCCCCGGUCACGCACGUGGCCGCCAACACCCUGCCCCACCUCAGCAUCCCCGCCGCCGUCACCGUCACCUGCAGCCGGCUGUUCGCCGUCAACCGCUGGCACAACACCGUCGGUCUGCGUGGAGCUCCGGGUUACUCCCUAGAGCAAGCCCACCACCUGCCCAUCGAGAUGGACCCUCUCAUAGCCAACAACUCUGGGGUGAACAAGCGCCAGAUCACAGACCUGGUGGACCAGAGCAUCCAGAUCAACACCCACUGCUUCGUGGUCACCGCCGACAACCGCUACAUCCUGGUGUGUGGCUUCUGGGACAAGAGCUUCCGCGUAUACUCCACGGAAACAGGCAAGCUGACCCAGAUCGUGUUCGGCCACUGGGACGUGGUGACGUGCCUGGCCCGGUCCGAGUCGUACAUCGGGGGCGACUGCUACAUCGUGUCGGGCUCCCGGGACGCCACUCUGCUGCUGUGGUACUGGAGCGGACGCCACCACAUCAUCGGAGACAACCCCAACAACAGCGACUACCCUGCUCCCCGGGCGGUGUUGACGGGCCACGACCACGAGGUGGUCUGUGUGUCGGUCUGCGCAGAGCUGGGCCUGGUCAUCAGCGGAGCCAAGGAGGGCCCCUGCCUGGUGCACACCAUCACCGGGGACCUGCUGAGGGCCCUGGAGGGGCCCGACCUGUGCCAGCGGCCCCGGCUGAUCUCGGUGUCCAGCGAGGGCCACUGCAUCAUCUGCUACGAGAGGGGCCGCUUCUGCAACUUCAGCAUCAACGGCAAGCUGCUGGCCCAGAUGGAGGUCAACGACUCUUCCAGGGCCAUCCUGCUGAGCAGCGAUGGUCAGAACCUGGUAACCGGGGGUGAUAACGGGGUGGUCCAGGUGUGGCAGGCGUGUGACUUCAAGCAGCUCUACAUCUACCCGGGCUGCGACGCUGGGAUCAGGGCCAUGGACCUCUCCCACGACCAGCGGACUCUGAUUACGGGCAUGGCGUCCGGUAGCAUCGUGGCGUUCAACAUCGACUUCAACCGCUGGCACUAUGAGCACCAGAAUAGGUACUGAUAUGGAUAGAGAGAGGAGGAGGGGGAGGAAGAGGAGGAGGAGGAGGAGGAAGGAGAAAGAGGGAGAGAGAACGCAAGCAAUACCACAAAGAGGAAGAGGUUUGGUUUUGCUGUGUAUUGGGGCGAUGGGGGAAAAACUGUGGAAACUCAGAGGAGGAAGAGGAGGAGCAGACAAAGGGGAGUGAAGAAGACCUUGGACUCUUGUUCCCAUGUAAGGUUCACUAUCAUUGGAGGAAGCGGCUUUGCAAAGCGGCAGAGAUUGCUUUCUCCCGCGCGCGCGUCUGAGUAACACACACACGCACACACGCAGACACAGACACACACACAGACACAUGCGCGUGCAAACCACACACACAUGAUAUCUUGUUAAGGUACACUCCGAAACUUGCUAAUGAAAAGGGUCUAGCGACGGAGAAAGGAACUAGUCCAGUAGAACCUGUCUGGGCUUCCAGAACAUACCACGGACUGGUCCAUUUGCUGUAGCCGGUAUUCUAACUGCUUCACAGACAAACCAACAAGUUAUAUUUUGUAUCAUUUGAUUUAGUUUGUUUAGUUUGUCAGUUUUCUCCAAGGUUAUUUUGAAGAAGGGGUUAGGGAGUACUUGGGCGGGCACGGAUUUGGAGUAAUGGUAUCGGAGUGGGUUUGAGAAUGUUUGAACGACGCUAACCACACCCACAGAUCAAAACAGGUGCUACGGCUGAGCGAGGAAUCCGUCCAAUCAGAACCUUCCCCCGAGACUUUUAUUUUUAUUUUUAUUUUUAAAAUUCUACGUUUCUUCUUUUUACUCCUGAGAGAGUGAAUAGGAUUUUAGUGUAAAUAAAGGUUUCCUUUUGAGUCACACUUCUUUUCACUGCACAGACUUGCGCUUACACCUUUAAUUUAUUAAUGACUUGCUGUAUGUAAAUUAUUGUGUAAUAAUUAUAACAACGUCGACGAGGUUGAUGGUCAAUGGGUCUGAGACAGGGACACGAUUGUUUCCGGCGGUGACCAUGGAAACGUUUGCCAGUGCCAUCCCAGAGGAGAACCAUAGGUUUUUUUUUCCUUUGUAUAUUUGGUGAUUGUUUUGUCAAAUAUGUACAGAAAGUCUACAUUCAGACUGGGCGGUGCGCGCGGGGGCGGGGGGGGGGGGGGGGGGGGGGGGGGGCUGCUUGAGUUAGACUGGAGACGCAGAAAACACCUUCACGUUCGCCCACAUCUGUUGAUUAUUUAAAAAUGAGAAAAAGAAAAAAGAGAAUCGAAAAAUCAAUGUUUAAAAAAGUUUGUUUUGUAUUUGCACUUUGCACCACCCACCUACCAUUUAUUUAUUCGCUUCGUUCUUUACGGUUGGCCGGCAUCUCGUUUAGGGUCCAUUCUUUCUUCCCUCGCGGGAUUAUCUGUGCAUUGAUGUUUGUAUUUAAGAAACCGUCGAUCUCAUGUGUGAUUAAUUAAGUUGUACAACCUCACCGUUGUAAGCAAUAUCAUGAUUCUUGUAGCUGAUUGGUGGGAGGGGAGGCGCUGACGACGUGUCCGACGAUGUACUGUAUGUGUGGAAGCCAUCUUGAUCAAAUACACACAUACUCUAUCCACAGGUUCAAUUUACGUAUCCAAAAAAAAAAACUUACAUAUUUUUGGAUCUAUGAAACCCUUAAAAAAAACUAUUGUAUUCAUGUUUUAUUGCAAAGAUGUAAAAUAUGACAUGUGUGAGUUGAAAAAAAUCAUGAUAAGAAAAAUAAAAUAUGCAAAACAAU